ACCCGAUUGGUGAAGGUGAACCCUUGCGAGUUCGCAACGCUUUUAUUGUGGCGGCGUCAAAUCUUUGUCUCAGUAGCAGCGCUGCCGGCCGUCCGCACUUAAGACCAACCCUUGCACUGCAUUGUAAACUACGAUCAUUACACUAUCAUUUACACAAACUAUAAACUAUACACCGAUUUUUCGAAGCUACCCACCUUCUCGCAUACAGAGGUGCUGGCUUUUUACGUCGACAAUGCUGCCAUCGAUCCCAGUCUUGCACGACUAUGGCCUGUCUCCCGAGCACGGAUUUCUUCCAGACAGUUUACCGUUGUCACGGCUUCCUGACCCAUACUACAACGAUUGGGAAGCUAUAGUAACCAACUUGCCGGCUCUUAUAUUAAGCCGAAGGCUCCGCAGCGUCGUUGACCACCUGCCGGUGCUAGGCACAACUGGGUUAGAGCAUGAAGUCGAGUGGCAGCGAGCAUAUUCAAUUCUAUGCUUCAUCGCCCAUGGCUAUAUAUGGAGCGGCGAUUCUCCCGAAGAACGCUUGCCGCCAUGCAUAACCGUACCCCUGCUCAACAUUGCCGAGCAUCUCGAUGUUCCACCCGUCGCCACAUACGCUGCAGUCUGCCUUUGGAAUUUCAAACCGAUUUUCAGAAACGAACACAUAGACAACUUGGAAAACCUGGCGACAUUGAAUACUUUUACAGGAUCUAUUGACGAAUCUUGGUUCUAUCUUGUGUCUGUCGCCAUUGAAGCUCGAGGCGCACCUAUUCUCGAACUUAUGCUUCAAGCCAUGUCAGCGGUACGAGACAAUGAUUACGAGACUGUAGCAGCCCAUCUCCGAACAUUUGCAGAGAGACUGACAGACUUGACAAAUAUAUUGCAAAGGAUGCACGAAGGAUGCCACCCAACCGUCUUCUAUCACCGCAUUCGACCGUUCUUGGCUGGUAGCAAGAACAUGUCGGAGGCCGGCUUGCCGAAUGGAGUCAACUAUGAUAGUGGCACAAAUGUUACGGACUACCGACAAUACAGUGGCGGGAGUAACGCACAGAGCAGUCUUAUUCAAUUUUUUGAUAUUGUGCUCGGCAUAGACCAUCGCGCUACGGGGGAUACAAAGACGGACGAUUCGUCACGCAAGAACAGCUUCAUUCAAGAUAUGCGACAUUACAUGCCAGGACAACAUGCAAGAUUUCUGGAAGACGUCUCGAGUGUUUCCAAUAUCAAAAAGUUUGUCUAUGAUAACAGAGACAAGACUCAACUGUGUCUCGCAUACGAUGCCUGCCUUGCCAUGCUGAGCGCAUUUCGAGACAAGCAUAUCGCUAUUGUUACAAGAUAUGUCAUUACGCCAUCGCGAGAGUUAAGAAACAGAAGUAGAACGAGGAGUCCAGAAGCUGGACGACAAAAGUUAAACCUCGCUGUUGCAUCUGCUAAGGCGAACAAUACUCAGAAGGGAACUGGGGGCACUGCCUUGAUCCCAUUCCUCAAGCAAGCUCGAGACGAGACGGGUGAACCGGCGGUACAUGAAUGGACCAAAAGCUUCAUGAAACAGCCUCUUAAAUCUGAAAAAUACCAUGAUUUUGCCCCCAUCACUGAUGGUGAGGGGUCAGCACCUACCGCAGAUCUUGGGCUUCAAGGCCUCGCUGGCUCAUGGACGAUGGAAGAUGAGUUCGGAGGUCUUUGCUCCUACUAACACACACGGGUUCAUUCUAUCACGACUGUACAAGCUGCCACCACCCAUAAGUUUGUUGUGUUCUGAUACAUAACAUAUAACAUCUUAUAUCUAUAAUAAAACCCUAAUAUAUGUGAUUUUUUUUUUUAAGGCGCCGUGUCAUUUUUUC